GCCAACCCAGCCAGAGAUUCCGAGGGGCCUGCUAGGGACUCUCUCCUCCUCCUCCUCGGGAAGGAAGACCCAAGGCCUCUGUCUCAGACCAGCUCCAGGGGCGCAAUGGGACUCACAGCCACCGCCCCCCAGCUGUCCUCUGCCCUGCCAGGCAGAUAAGGGCAGCUGCUGCCCCAGGAGCACCUGCCCUCUUUCCCCUGCCCGGCUGCUCCUCCGGGGCCAGCCCUUCCCUGACUUGGUGGCCACUUUUGCUGACCUGAGACCAUGUAGGGCCUGCUCGGACCUCUGUGGACACACCACUGGGGACAGUGCCUCUGCUCUCCGGGAACCGAGCACACCACCAUGCUCCAGGGAUUCGCCUGGCUGCGCUAUCUUGGGAUCCUCCUUGGCAUGACCUUGGGAAACGAGGGUUUGGAGGUGUGGCCCUUGACCCGGAAUGAGGAGUGUGCCGUCACCGGCUUUCUGCGGGACAAGCUGCAGUACAAGAACCGGCUUCAGUACAUGAAACAAUACUUCCCCAUCAACUACAGGAUCAGCGUGCCUUAUGAGGGGGUGUUCAGGAUCGCCAACAUCACCAGGCUGCAGAAGGCCCGUGUGAGUGAGCGGGAGCUGCGGUACCUGUGGGUCUUAGUGAGUCUCAGUGCUACUGAGUCGGUGCAGGAUGUGUUGCUGGAGGACCACCCGUCCUGGAAGUACCUGCAGGAGGUGCAGACGCUGCUGCUUGAUGUCCAGCAGGGCCUGCAGGAUGUGGAGGCCAGCCCCAAGGUGGAAGCGGUGUUGUCCGUCCUGAAUGCCCCCGGGCUGAGCCUGAAGCUGGUGCGGCCCAAGGCCCUGCUGGACAACUGCUUCCGGGUCAUGGAGCUGCUGUACUGCUCUUGCUGUAAACAAAGCUCCGUCCUAAACUGGCAGGACUGUGAGGUGCCAAGACCUCAGCCCCAUGGCCCAGAGCCCUCGCUGCAGUGUGUGGCCGCCCCGCUGUACCCCCUACCCCGGCAGCCCCCCACCUCCCUGCCCCGCUCCCUGCGCUCAGUGAAGCUGCUCGGGGCACAGGCCGAAGGCCUCCUGCCCUGAGCAGCUGGCAUGGUGACCCUGGGUGGUGCUGCUGGACGAGCCCCCACAGGUCUACUGGACCUGAGACUUCGCCAGGUGGUGGUGGGAAGCCCCUCGGCCAGGAACCCUGGGAAGGUGUUUUUCCUUUGAGGCUGGGGGACCUGAAGGUGGACGGGAAGCGCUCCCGGCCCCUCCUGGUUGUCCCCCACUGGAGAGGGUGCUGAAUAGCUCCUGUGCCGCAGCAGCGAGAGCUGUGCCUGAUGGGCGGGUGGGGAUGGGGGACGAUGCAGCGACCCGAGACUCACGGAGGCUUUCCAGUCCGGCCGAGGCGGAGUACCAGGCAGAGGCCAGUGCCGGUGCCACAUCUUGCCACAAGUGGAUGCUCUUCCAGUUCCUUUUAUUUUUUCUAUUAAACGUCCACUUUGUUUGGUUUGG